GAGCCACUGCCAAGGAAUUCAUUGAGGGUCCCUCGGGGGAAAGAGCCAUUGAAGAUCUCUCAUUGCUGCCAGUUAAGCCGAGGAUACAGCCUACCCAGCACCUUUGAACACUGGUCCCAAGAAUCCCGUGACCAUGCCAAGGAGCAAUGCACCAAGACUUAUCCAGUGAUUGUGGACAAGGUCUCCUUGAGAGCAAGAAGAGCCAGAAAUGCCUUCAGCACCAGCACCAGCAAGAGUCUAUAAGGCACUCCUCUUCAGCCUUGCUUUUGAUGGAAACAGCACAGGCAAGAAGGGGCUCGUUAAGCCAUGCAGUGCGGAAUCCACCCCAACAGGUGAAUGGGAUCCUGGGAGGAUCUGUCUCAUUUCCUGCCAACGUAUCGCAAGGAAUAAAAGUGAAGAAAAUAGAAUGGGACUUCCUCCCAAAAUAUGGUGGCCGGGCCUUUAGGCUUAGUGAAUACAGACAUGGGAAACCAGAUCACCCAAAUCCCACUGACCGGUUUGGAGAACGGCUAGACAUGGCAAACCAGAAAAUCCUGAGGAUUAAAGACCUGGAGUUCAAUGACAGUGGGCUAUACGGAGCUCGUGUUUGGUUUACUAAAUCAUUGUUUCAAGGACAGAGUUUCAGCCUCACUGUUUAUGAGCCAGUGGCAACACCACAGAUAGACCACCAUGUGGAAUCCAAGACUCCAGGUGGAUGUCAUGUGACCUUGCGAUGCCACACAAGUGGAAGGGAAGAGAUCAAUAUCUCCUGGGGAACAGGGGGUCCUCACAGGGCCUUAGGAAAGAGUGUGAAUCGAUGCCAGGUUUCUGAAAAUGGCCAGGAGCACCGGGUCUUCUACUGGAACAGUUCUUUUGACUCCAAAUUCACCUGCCUGGUCAGCAAUCCUGUUGAUCAAAAGGGAGCCUCGUUUGAAUUGCUCAACAUCUGCCAGACUGAUGAAGGUGGACAGUUUGGACUCUCAAGUUGGAUUCCAUGGCUUAUUGCUUCCCUCAUAGUUCUUCUGGUGAUAAUGGUGACUUAAUAAUGUGUCUCGUGUUGCAUUCCAAAUGUGUUUGCUCUUUGAUGCAGGAGAAGGGGGAAAGUUCUCUUGCAAUCUGGAACUCAUAGAGUAGCCACACAGAAGACUGUGAUGAUAAGAUGGAUGAUUGUUGUGCAAAGUAAUGAAGGAGUGUGUCAGUUCCCAGCCCAGCUUGUGCACGAACAUCACAAACCUCGCCCAGUAGCUGGGUAUGGUCAUGGAGCCCUGCUUGAGCAUAAGCAGCUCCUGUUCUGUCACGUUUUCCUGCACUUCACUGGUAAACAUUAUAUCCAUCGCUUCAUUGAACUUUUUAAGAUCUUGGAGGGUGUCAUUUCCUGCUGCAAUUAACGGUCUGACCCAUUUGAGCGCGGAGCCUUCCCGGUGGGCGAUGACAAAAGCCACUCACUCUCUGUCAUUGGCAAAUGCCCCCCUUUGCAAUUGCAGGGUGUAGUUUAUCUCAGUCCUAAACCAUAAAUAUUCCUGGGGGUUCCCACUGAAUUUGCUCACCAGAGAGGGCACCUUCUUGCCCAGGCUUACCAGCUAUGGCUACUGGUCCUGCAACCUGCGCACCUCCAGCCUCGCGUUGAGAAGUGCGGUGUGCACCUCUAUCUCAGCAUUCCUCCGAGUUAGGGCUUCCAGCUGCCUCACGAGCUCUGCUGCCUCCUCAUCACCCUGAGCUGCUUGCUGGGCGGCUGCCGCCUGCUCCUGUUGGCUCAUGUUGGCAUCCUCUGGUCAGUCUCACUGGGCGAGGUGCUGGUGAGCAGGAGAGGCGGAGGCUCCCUGUACGGAGGUCCCCUGACAGGGUGAUUGGUAGAUAAUAACAAUGAAAGCAUCUGAUACAUAUGGGAAGCAUUUAUUACUUAUGAAAUUAUUGUUAAAAUUGUAAUCUGUUAUUUGUAAAGAAACAACAGUAACAGCAAACAGAUUUCAAGCAGGCCAGUGACCCGAUAAUAAAAGGCCAUCAAUUUGGCACAGCCUGUCCCUACGAACCAUCUCUGCAUGUCUACAGGAAGCUUCUCUUAAAACUAUCUUUUUCUGGCACUGCACUCCAUCACUUCCAACCAAGAUAAACUCUAGCAUCUCUUCCUUAUGCUGGAAAAUCUCAUAUUUCCAUGUAUGGUGGAGUUGCACAUUGGUGUACUCCUUUUGGGAAAAGGUGUUUCACACUAUUUCCAAAAUUACACAGCAAUCUCUUCCACCCACAUCAACUCUUGCCUUGUUAUCAUUAGACUCAAAUUUAAACAAUAACCUUCAAUGCAGAGACUUUGUAUUUUUUUUUUUUUACAAUUAUCAGCAGCCCAAUUUGCAAAAGGCCAAUACUCGAAACAAACUAUAGAAAUCCCCAUUGGAAUCUGGGCAAAUAACAUUAGGAAUGUGGCUCCACCUGAACGCCUUACUCACCAUAGACACUUCAAAAUAGACACUUUUGGCAAGACUUGGCUUUCAUUCUUUUCCUUAAUAAAAUGAGACACAAUAUACUUUUAUUCCACACACAGCGCAAGAAUCUCUGUGGAGAGGCUACUUGAAUUGGCAAUGUAUGAACAAAUGUAUUGAUUGUGUACUGUUUGCUGCAUAUGAAACUUAAUAAGAAUGUUCCACUGGACAAGUUACUGUAGUUCCAUGUUGUUCUUGUAUUUACAUUAAACCAAUAAAUAUUAUUUGGAUGAAAGAAAACAAAAACAGGCCAGUGACCCAUAUGUUCUGAUCUAAAGACUGAACAAAUGGAUUAUGGCACAAGGGGAGGCAGGCAGAUUGUGCAAAGUGCCUGUUCCCAUCAGGAGAACAUGCAUGCCAGUUAAAGGGGGCAGAAUUGAACCCUCCCCUCUCCAGCUAGUGAAUGGAGAAUUCAGCCCUCUGGCUGCAGGACUCUGCUUCCCACAUCCUUCCCCCAGUGAACCUAACAGGAUUGCGCUCUCCACUCACCAGCUGUUCUGGACUCUUCCCAAAAUACUCAUUUUAUCAUUUAUUUAACCUGGAAUCUUAAGUAAUAAGUGAGUGCUGGAGAAUGGCAAGGACAUACUUUUGUCAAUUCUAAAUGGCCAAUUCCACCCGCUCUCUCAGGGACUUAGUUAUGGCAAGUUGUUCAGGAGCCCAUGGAACUAGAAAGCUAGCCCUAAAGGCUGGGACUGAGGUGCAGGGAAUGCCCAGAAACUCUUUUAGGAGUUGCAUCUCAAUAGUCCCUCCUGACAUAUUUUUUCUCCAAUGCAGAUUUAACCCUGCACCCCACAGACCAACAUGGGAGAUCAGGCACAUCUCCUGGAGCCACUGCCAAGGAAUCCAUUGAGGGUCCCUCAGGGGAAAGUGCCAUUGAAGAGCACUCAUUGUGAUGUACCCAGGUACAUGCCCUCAGGUAUCAAGCCUAUGUCUCAGGUACAUAUCUGCAAGGCCUGAGCUAUAUCUUUCACUUUUGCCUAAAAGCAAUUUAGAUUUCUUUCAGAAAUCAUUUCUUUGGUCUGUGUGCUCUUUGGUCCACUGGAAGAAGGAUGCUAUGUUAUUACAAGCGUAUCCUCAUCCGAGAUUACAACCACCUGGUUUUAGUCUGUGUUCUUCGCUAAGAAGAAUAGGUUCAGAAGAUAGAAGAUGUUCAAGGUUUCUGAAGGAACUCGCGGAUUGCCUGGAACUCUUGAUAGGGGAGGCAUUAUUGUGAAAUCAGGCGAAAGGGUUAUGUGUGGACUCGUAGAUUCUAAGCAAGAGAAUAUAUAUCUAAUAAUCAUUUUUCCUUUCUGUAUUGUUUUCUUAGAUAUCAAUAAUGUUGAAUGUAUUUGUAAUGGAAAUAAGGAUGUUGGAACGUACCUGUGUUGGAAACCUAGCUUCUCUCUAUAAGGGGACUGAAAGCUGGCUUGAGUCCUACAGGAGGGAGGGGUCUGGUUUGGAGGAAUACUGCUCAAGCAUCAUGCAAACUGGGUGAAAGUUACAUGCUUUGCAAACCACGAGGUCAUCCUAACCCCAAGUUUGGCUGGACAUGUCUUUAUAAGGAAUAUGGGUAUGCCAUCCUUGUAAGGUAACUGCAGAUGUACAAUUUUGGUCAAAGGUGGGCUUUCCUGGAAAGGGGUUGUCAAUUCCUAGAAGAGGUUGGGGUUUGUUCAUAUUUGGUGAACCGGAAUUAGGCAGCAGCUUCGAAGUUUUAAGACUCGGUAUUACAAUUGUUGCCAGUUAAGCAGGGGAUACAGCCUACCCAGCGCCUUUAAAGACUGCUCCCAAGAGUCCCGUGACCAGGCUAAAGAGCAAUGCACCAAGACUUAUGCAGUGACUAUGGAAGGGGUCUCCUUGAGAGCAAGGAGUGCCAGAAAUGCCUUCAUCACCAGCACCUACAAGAGUGUAUAAGGCACU